AUGGGUAAUUGCCAAGCAUGUAUGAAUGAUCCAUAAAAUUUAAGUGAAUAUGGUGCUCAUUAAAAUGCUAAAUAAACAUCUUUUUACUCAAUAGUUAGAAGGUCGUAGCCUUUUUCGAAAGCCUCUUUGGCAGAAAUUGUCAAUACUUCUUAACAUUAAUUGAGAACAAGUCAAAAACCAUCAAUUCAUAUUUAAAAAAAAGCUUCACUGUCAAUGGUUGGAAAUGGUGUGGACAUUUAAAAAUAAAAAACUAAUUCUGAACAAUUAAUUUCAGUGCAUUGUCCCAUAGCCAAAUUAGCAUAACCUUGGGGUAGACCAGCAAGCGAACUAUAAAGUUUAAUAGGUUCGAAAGUUAAAAUGGUCCUUAGCAAAUUAAAGGAGUACUAGUAUAUUAUUGAACUAAAAUUAAAUUCAAUUUUCUUUUAUAAAAUAUAUUAUACUAAAUUUUCUAUUGUUUUUUAACUUUAAAAUAUUGAAAUCGCUACUAUUAAAAACAAUCAAUUAAUAUUAUUAAAUAUACUUAUAAAAUAAGGAUUAUGUUAUAGUUUUCUAUUUAAUAAGCCUUAAUGCUAUUUUUAUUAGUCCUCAAAACCUUUUUUACAUCUAUUUAUCUAUUAUUGUAGUUCAGAUCUUACUACUUAAAAGAAGAGGAACAAUGAGAAUUAUAUAUAUAUGUUUUAUGAAAUGAGAGCAAUACAUGCUCCUUCUCCAAAGUUUAAGCUUUGA